AUGCCUGAGUCCUACACCAGCUCUUCAUACUACUACAGUUCGUCAACGAAUACGAAUGAAGGCACAUCCACCACCGGGCACCGGUAUUCAGCAACCUCCCACACAGAUCCCGAGGGAACGACCACUGUUCGGACAGCCCAUCAAGACCUGGGACAACCUCCUGUCAUUGAAGAGCGACGAUAUGAUCGUACCGGCGAGGAGCAGCUAGAAUUGCGGGCACCUGGGGGUACAUCAGCUGGAGGAGUGAAGCGGAUUACGGAGCUUGACUCGGAUGAUUCGAAUUCAUAG